UAUAGGCUAUAUAGUAUAUACGGCCGUGUCAGCAGGUUAGAGAUGCAAGAUGAGCGUAAAAAACUCACUGGUGCAGCACUCGCUGGAGCAUUUUUCUUCCGACAAAGAGUACGCAGGCUCUCUCAAGUCAUAUUAUAGGUCUGUCUACCCUAUCCUCGCCCACCUUACUGGAGCACAACACCAUAAAGAUAAUGUAUGCAUCACUCAAAUUCGGAAACAUCUGUAACCAUACCUAUUCCUUCUGAAUAACAAAGAGGGAGACAUCGCGUUUAUUUUCUAGACCUAGUUCCGAUAUUUUUGUGUGUUUUGUUGAAAAUGAACUGUGGGAUUUCCGCAAUAUGUGCCAAGCUUCUGCUGCAACAUGUCAAAGGCAAAGCGAUGAAUGCGUGGCUGUUGCUAGCUCUUCUCGGAGUCUGUGUGGCGUCAUUUGGGCCCAGUACAAAGGAGGAUGAGGACUAUGAAGACGUCCCCAUAAAUAAGACCUGGGUUUUAUCGCCUAAGGUCUAUGAGAGCGAUGUCACCUUGAUCUUAAAUAGAUUGCUGCAGGGCUAUGACAACAAACUCCGACCUGACAUUGGAGUAAGGCCCACAGUGAUUGAGACAGCGGUGUAUGUCAACAGCAUCGGACCAGUCGAUCCUAUUAACAUGGAGUACACCAUAGACAUCUUCUUUGCCCAGACGUGGUAUGACAGUCGCCUUAAGUUCAACAGCUCCAUGAAAGUCCUGAUGCUCAACAGUAACAUGGUGGGAAAGAUCUGGAUUCCUGACACCUUCUUCCGGAAUUCUAGAAAGUCUGACGCCCACUGGAUCACCACUCCGAACCGUCUGCUGCGACUGUGGAACAAUGGGAGAGUGAUGUACACGCUGAGGUUGACUAUUAAUGCGGAAUGCUACCUUAAGCUGCAUAACUUUCCUAUGGAUGAGCACUCGUGUCCGCUGGAGUUUUCGAGCUAUGGCUAUCCUAAAAAUGAGAUUCUGUACCGUUGGCAAAAGCGUUCUGUGGAAGUGGCCGACCAAAGGUACUGGAGACUCUACCAGUUUGCGUUCGUCGGUUUACGAAACACAUCAGAUGUGGCGCAUACACAGUCAGGUGAAUAUGUCAUCUUGACAAUCUUUUUUGACCUGAGUCGGCGAAUGGGCUACUUCACUAUUCAGACGUACAUCCCCUGCAGCAUGAUUGUGGUGCUGUCAUGGGUCUCUUUCUGGAUCAAUAAAGAUGCUGUCCCUGCCAGAACCUCUUUAGGAAUCACCACGGUGCUUACCAUGACAACGCUGAGCACCAUCUCCAGGAAGUCGCUUCCCAAGGUAUCCUAUGUGACAGCUAUGGACCUGUUUGUGUCUGUCUGCUUCAUCUUCACGUUUGCUGCUCUGAUGGAAUAUGGGACUCUACACUACUUCACCAGCAACAGGCAGAGCAAGAAGGAUACGGACAAAAAACCACAGAAAUCCAGCAGCUUGGUGAACAUUAGGCCAGGGACGUCACUGCUUCAGAUGAAUAACAUCGCCCCCUACCAAGACGAGGACGAUUACGCCUACGAGUGUCUGGAUGGGAAGGACUGCACCAGCUUCUUCUGCUGCUUCGACGACUGUCGCUCCGGAGCAUGGCGCGAAAACCGGAUGCAUGUCCGAGUUUCAAAGAUCGAUUCCUACUCACGAAUAUUCUUCCCCACUGCCUUCGGCCUUUUCAACCUGGUCUACUGGAUUGGGUAUCUGUACUUAUAAAUCUAGUCUAGCAAAGAGGAGCAAUAGCCUUUUACUUCAGAGAAAACAGGUCAAACUAUUUGUUUACUCUCUUUACUUGCUAGUCUUGGCACUGUUGAGGAUAAGAUGGAAGGGGGAUAGGUGUGCUGCUUUGCAAUUUAAAGCCAGGGUAUGAAUGGGUAAAAUUGCUUCUUCUCACCAAUAUUUGAACAGCUCCCUAUGUUUGUAUCUGUACUAUUUUUCUAGGUGAUGGCUCACAGAUGAAGGCAGCAGGGUCAGAACAGGGCGAGACUCCGGGUCAUACCCACCAGCAAUUGCAUGAUGUUUGGUUCCUAACCUCUAUGGAUUUAAGGAAUUUUAUAAAACGGGUUGUUUGGAUGCUAGAUGCUAGUUGGUUGAAAGCAGGGAGUUAUUCAUCACAAUCCCUGGGAAAUGCCUGUUAACAGUUUAAUUUGAAUUAUCAAUGCGCAUCCACUGUCCCACAGUCCAGCCAGGUAAUUUAUAAAAAUGUAUAAACUCCCCUGGGAAAAAGUAUGUAGACAUUUUUUCCCCAAGCUACUAGGCUAGCAUUUGGUUUGUAACAGUUAGGGUUUGUCUAGACUCUAAACCUUGCUGCCUGCCUCUCCGACCUGUGCAACAAUGUUGUAGUUUAUUUUGCGAUCUGCACCGUGCCAUAGAGAGAAUGAACGUGAUGAGUCAGACAGCUUCUCUGAGCUAGGCACAUUAAUUUAUUAGGAUCAUUGUAAUUGAUAUAUAAAAACAAAUGGCAAAAGAUACAAAGGUAAAACAAACGGGAAUGCAAAAAGUUUGCUGUCAUUUCAGCUGCUUUAGGUGAUUGUGUGUUAACUUUACUAGUAACUAGACUGCAUGGCAACUUUUUUUUAGCUUAGAACGUUUGAAAUGGGCGACCAGCUCGUUUGUCUAGCAACUUCAGAAUCUCAGAACUAACAAUUGGCUAUUGCCUGGACUAUAUCCUCUGGUGGAAGGAUGAAAUAAAACAAAUUUAAUAAUUCAAAUAAAGUUUUUAAUUAAAACGUAAUUUCUCUUCAACAUUUUUUAAAUAAAAGUAAUAAGGCCCUCGAACCUGGGAAUUAUCUUAAAUAACACCCUCCUGAUAGCUGUUUCCCCGGCCCGCCGCUCCACGUUGGGCCUUAGAACAGCCCUUCGUCGAAAACUAUUCACACGAUAAUUUGCAUGCCUUAUUGCUUAAUUGAUACACAAAGGUUGUGUUUUACAACAGCCUGGUUUUGUAACCUGUAACUUAUUCAAAAUUGCAAAAUCUAUUUGAAUAUAUAAAUAUACAUAAAAUAAAGUGUGCCUAUGCGAAAAAAAUAAGUAGGUCUACAUUUCCCCCUUCAAUAAUUAUAUCUGACGUCAUGUUUUCUGUGCCACACUUUUACUGUAAGCAAAAUGAAUACAACAUUUCCACCAGAGAUGAUUCAACACAAUUUAUUUCCAUACUUAUUGAGGCAGUUCAUGAUUUGAGGUUUGAAAUAAUCAUUAGGCAUUAUUUAGGCUUAGCUCCUGUAUUGACACAAAGUCAAUAAAGCAAGAAAUUAAUAGCAUGUAUUUUCAUAUUAUUAUAUUCUAAUAAUACACAUUAUAUCUCCUUCUUGAUGUGAUUACCCCAAAUUGGCAGCUGUAAAUAGCCUUCAUCAUUAUCAUAUAUAAAAGCAGCAAAAAAAGCAAGACAAGAAAAUCUACUUUUCAUUUGGCUACAUUGAAACUAGAACAUAGCUUUACAUCCCUCCUCUAGGUCAAUAACCAGAGGCGCAUUGUGCUGCAAUUGUAUCAGAUCUGAUUAGCGAUGCAUACUUAAUAAAGACAUAUUAGACUAAUUUAAACCAUAUUUAUAAAACAUAGACUACCUGAAUAAUAUUCAUGCAGCUCCCAAACCCUUGACUUAUUUUGCUUGACAAGGGCGCAGUACUUACACUUUAUAAAAUGUAGCUGUGGAUAUAAUCUUCAAAGCAUAUUUUAGCUGAAGCAAUGGCAGACAUGAAUACCUUUACUAAUAACAGCGAGAAGGGUUACUACUUUUUUGAUAAAUAGAGCAAAACUCUUAUAGUGCUUUAUUCCACAUAAAACCAAAGAAACUGUUGAUAAUGACUUUGUAGCAUAAGUGUGUUUAAUGUUACAUUCAAGAUCAAUGUGAUUCACAGAACCUCCAUGUUUGGGCGAUACUUAAGAGAAAAAGUCAAGAAGAAUGAAUAACCAAGCCUGAAAUGGACCAUACAAAUUUGAUUAACAACGUAGUUUGUUUAUUAGUUUAUGAGUGUUUCUUUCAACACCACAUUGUGAUUAUAUCCCAAUGUUAGGUGUAUUGUCGAGCUGAGAGACCAUGUAGGCUGAAAGUCCAGUGAUUAAUGAGGGAAACAUGACUUUAGUUUUAAUUUGAGUUCAUUUACAUAUGCAAGGUUACCCCAUAGAGUUUGCCCACAUCUGG